GCACAUAGGUAACCCCGUGCCCGCAAAGAGAGGGGCCCACACAAGUAACCCCGUGCCCGCACAGACGGGGGGCAGACACAGAUAGCCCGGUGCCCGCACAGACAGGGGAACACAGACAGGUCACAUUACUAUACAGGAGCUGAUAGCCCUGAGCGCCAGAGGAAUCUCUUCUCCCGCCGGCGACCACACCCGGCAUCCUUUGCAUCACUUAACGUACUUUUCGCAGGGGCUGCUGGGAGACGUAGGCACUUCCUCCUCUCUAAUCGGUUCACAUCUUCUACCCGGAUCAGAGCACAGGACUACAUUUCCCGGUAUCCCUCGCGGCGCACUGGUGUGUACAGCUUUGUUUGCACUGGGCUUGGCAAUAGUAAAGAGUAACUGGGUAUUUAAUACUUGUUCUGUGCCUGGGAGACUGGGCAGCAGCUACAGCGCAGCAGGUAUUGGAGAUUUUAAUGAUUCCAGAGUGAAUCAUUAUGGAAUUAAUGGUGCAGUUUCCAUAGAACGUUCCUAAAGUGUGGAAUAUGCCAGAAAUGAUUUCUUCUCCAGAAUUCAGCAGUGAACCCAAUUUCAUGGCACAGUACAUGUCCAGUAUCACCCGUGCGGGUGUAAUUGUAAAUCCUGCUUUCCCCAAUCUGGAAUCACAUGAAAACUUGCAGGCACCGAGGCCUUCCAGUGCCCUCUCAGGUUUGCAUGUGCCGGUGCCUCUUGCUGUUCUGAGUGAGGACCCUUCGGAAGAGCCGGAUGGCGAUUAUAAACCACCGCAACAGAAGUCUGACCAUGUUGGGGAAUUGCGUUUGGAUACAAUAGGACAGACGUCCACCUAUAAAGACAUGGAAUGGGAAGGGAGUAGGAGUUGGCCACAAAGUAGGCCGCUGUUCAGAGAAGAUGAAGUGUUGAGGGAAGAACUGAACGAUCCACUCUUAAAAAAACUGGAGCAGCUAAAAGAAAUCCAGCAGCAGAAACAAGAGCAACUGAAACAGCAGCAGAUGGAGCAGUUACAGAAGCUGAUGGACGAGCAGAAAAUGCUGCUGAACCUGGUGUCGUGGCAGUCUGCGUAUUCUGAACAUGAACAACAGAAGCUCACACCUGGACAGAUGGGUGGCUCUGUGCCUCACAGAGGUCUCUCGCGUGUAAUGUCUCCGGUCAGCGGAAACGUACCCAGAGGUUACCUGCACACACAGCAGGAGUCCGUCAAGAAGGACUUUAGUCCAUCCCGGCCAUCUUCUGUGUUUGGCCAAGUAGUUCAUCCAGAUAGAUCCAAAACGCUGGAGGACCUGUUACAUGAGGAGGACACGGAAGAGUAUACUGGUGAUGAAUCUGAAUCUGAAACUGACGGUUCCUCAAAGAGUGAAGAUUUGUCAAGUGUACUGCGAGAUGAGCAGCUUAUUAAGAACAAUGCUGAAUCUGGUAAUGAAGAAGACAGGCCAAUUAUAUCUGACAUGAAGGAGAGGAAGAAAUCCUUUGAGGAGUUCUUGGAAGAGCAGAUGAGGAUUGAAGAGCAUAGACUGCAACAAACUAAAGUGCAACAGAGUGGGGAAGAACCGGCAAAGAGUAAUACAAAAGUAAAAAGACCUUUCCUUCGAAGGGGUGAAGGACUUUCUAGAUUUAAAAAUGCAAAUCCCAGACUGAAGAAACCUGUUCCUCAGGAAGUCCCAGAAGUUACAGUUCAAGUCCAAAGGAAAAUUGCACCCUUCGGCAAAGGGCAAGUGCCUGAAAACAGUUCACGUGCAGCUAAAGUAGCAAGUCAAUCUGCAAGAGAAAAAGCUGAGCUAAUGCAGAAGAAAUUGGUGCUUAAAAACCACAACGCAAGACAUGGCACUCCUGUUACAACAUUACAUGGACAGCCACAAAAUAAACCUAGUGUCAGUGGGAGAAGUUCUGUUACACUGGAGAGAGAAGUUAUGUUAGACAUUGAUAAAGAAAAUGUGGACAGCACAAAACCAACUGAAGCAAUUCAUAAACAAACAACGGAGGUCCAAGACCAUGUAAAGGAUAGCCCACCGGCCAGUGCUAACCCUUCAGAGAUGUCUUUCGAAGUUUCCUUUCAAAAACGACAAGUGCUCUUGGAAAAGGAGAAACAUAAGGAAAAUUACGAAUUAGAUGAGUUUUUGCUUCUAGAACAGGCUGCUGAGGACAUCUCCUUCUCCAGCAACUCCUCUUUUGUACAGAAGCUUCUUAAUCAAGACUAUCACGUUGACAGUGGGCAUCGCAGGUUGUCUUCUACUCCAGUUAAAUCUGCAGAAAAGCAGCAGGAAAAAGUGACUAGCAAUGCUAGGAAUGUGAGUAGUGGAAGGCUGAAUCAGAAGAUGGAAGAGCUUGGAUCAGCUUUUAAACCUUCCACCGUUUCGUCACUUGGACAGAAAAGUGGGAAAAAAACGUCUGAAUUGUUUAAGGGCAGCAAGGAAGAGGUGAAAAAAUCCAAAGAUUCUGAACCUGUUACAAGUGAAGGAGAUUACGCAUCGUCUGGGGAUGAACACAGCAACUCCACUUCAAGUGAAGAGGAAGAUUUAGAAAGCGAUGGCACCAGCAGAGAAGAUGACCCUAAGGCCGAAGAACUUGAGGGACUUUCUAAAAAACUUACCAAGGACGGCAAGGGUAGAGACUUUGACUUAGAUUUAUCAGAUGGAGAAGAUCAUGACAAUGAUGAAAAAACGCUGUUGGCCAACAGGAGUAAUACUUCUUUAAACAAUGACCAUAGCUCAUCAUCUUCUGAUUCAAGUCAUAUAGAGUUCGAUGAUGAACGGACUUGGGAUGACCUUGGUAAUGUGGCAAGUUUGAAGGGUAUUUAUGAAAGUAAUUUUGCUACAAAAGAGUUUAUCCCAUUUGAAUAUACCAGCAGAAGUCCUACAGAUGUUCCUGACAUAGCCAUCAGAAGGAAGGUGGCAUCAAAGAAGAACCAGAUAAAAACGGCAUCCUCUAGUACUCCAGAUACCCCACCAGCGUCCGAACUUAUGAUGAAACUCUUUCCGGUACUGAAGCCCAAAAUAAAGCCAGAAUCCCUGACUGUAUCCAAAACUGCAACAAAUCAAGAAUGGCCUGGAGAUGCUGUCCGGUCUCAACUUCUGAGAGAAAAACUAGUUGAACUGGAAACCGAAAUUGAAAGAUUUAAGAUGGAAAACGCUUCACUGGCUAGACUUCGCGAAGACAAAGAAAAAACUUUAGAAAAUCUCAGGAAGGAAGUUGCGGACUUUGAACAACAAAAAGCAAAGGAGCUGGCAAGGAUUGAAGAGUACUCAAAGGAGGAAAUGAAGAAACUCCAGAAAGAACGUAAAGUGUUUGAGAAGUAUGCUAAUGCCGCCCGUGCAAUGCCCGAUAAGAAGGAACGUGAGGAAAUUCAGACUUUAAAGCAGCAGGUCCAUAACCUGCAGGAGGAGCUGAAGAAGAAAGAGACAAAAUGGUCAACUACGCAUGUGCGCCUCAGAAAUCAGAUAGAAACCUUAAUAAAGGAAAAUGGAGAGCUUCGGGACGAAAUUAAGUUUAUGGAAAAAGUUAGGCUAGAAACCUGGAAGAAAGCGGAGACCGCUGAGAUGAAAAAGAAGACUGGCGAUGGUCCCACAACACACCUGAGAAGAGCAGAAUCUGUUAGUCCCCUUUCAAUGCUAAAGCAGAGGCGUACGUCUGCUCCUGAGCCAGAAAAGAGCACAAAGAUUCUCCGAAGCCAAACGCCGGUUAAAGGAUUAGCUCCUAGAGGUCUCAGACAGACUUCUCUCAGUGACUCCAGUAAUUCAGAGGCAACGGCAACCACAGUGAAGGCAGCGGAACCUGCAGCUAGUACUCGGGUUUCGGACAAGGCCCUGCCUACAGAACGGAGGAAUGAGAGCUCUCCAGUUAAAGAAAAUGAUGAUGUCCAGGGAGAAAUUACAUAUCCAGAUGGGAAGACAGAGCGGAUCCUUAGAAAUGGCAAUCAUGUCAUCUUAUUCCCCAACGGCACCCGCAAGGAAGUGAGCGCUGAUGGGAAGUCCACAACUGUGACGUUCUUCAACGGGGAUGUGAAACAAGUGAUGGCAGAUCAGAGAGUGAUCUAUUACUAUGCGGAUGCCCAGACUACGCACACAACCUAUCCAGAUGGACUUGAGAUACUUCAGUUUUCCAAUGGGCAAAUAGAAAAACAUUUCCCUGAUGGAAAGAAAGAGAUAACAUUUCCAGACCAGACUGUAAAGAAUCUGUACCCUGAUGGGAAGGAAGAGAGCAUCUUUCCGGAUGGAACCAUAAUAACGAAUCAUCUCGAUGGGACCAAAGUAAUACAAUUUGACAAUGGACAGCGAGAACUGCACACGGCGCAGUUUAAGAGGCGAGAAUACCCAGACGGAACAGUGAAGACUGUGUAUACUAAUGGCCAACAGGAAACCAAAUAUGCCUCUGGAAGGGUUAGGGUUAAAGACAAGGAUGGAAAUGUAAUCAUGGACACUAAAAUGUGACCCCUUAUGUUUUGAAGGGGACUAAAGUUAAUCUAUUUAUGUUAUUAUUUAAAUGUUUGCUCUGAGCAUGUACAUAUGUUUUGUAAAAAUAGAAUGUGGAUUGAUGUACUUAUGUAUAUAUGAACUGUACAUAUACAUUUUUAUAACUGACAUGUAAAUUAUUUUUAAUGAUAUAUUAAUAAAUACAAGACAAAAUAUGU